GCUGCCAUAAACGUCCAGGAUACGUCAUUUUCCUGUUAGCUUGAGCUUGACAUUUGGCGAAUUUUUUUUUAACGGAAACAUUCGUUGGUGUGCGCCACGCAUUGCUCCGGCUCGAUACCCUCUCGUAGCGCUGGUAGACUUUGCUACAGGUGGUUAGCAAAAGUCAGCAUUUUGCAGCAAACAUCCACCACCACCUCAGACUUCGUUCAAGCAGCCAUAAAAUCACAUGAAUAGAAGACCUUGUCUCUACAAUUCUUAGCUUUGUUUGCUCAUUCUAUCUCAUCUAAUCUCAUCUUUUAGUUUGGAUUAUCUACAUUGCCUCAUUCAAGAUGACCGAUUCUAACAAUACCGUGGACGCUACCGUGCAAAAUGAGCCUCUGACACCUGAGUCGACCGACAAUGAGAAUGUCAGCGUCAGCAACACCAAGAGCCUCACCAAGGCGUCGUUGAGGAAGCUCAUGGUCUCUUGCAUCGACUCUGCUCUGGAAGAACUUGGCCCUAUUGCCGAUAUUUCGGAAGAACAACUGAAGAAGAAGACCGCGGAACUCCCCUCUGUACUUCCUGACCUGACAUGCACCAACAAGGCUCCCAAGGUAGAAGCCAACUCGGCUCCAUCCUCUUCCGCCGCGGCCGAUCUGUAUGGCUAUGGACCGUCGUCUCCCGAACCCCAAAAGGCAUUCCCUGACCUUGAAGUGCGAGGCCGAAGAUCACGGCCUCGUUAUCAACGCCGAAACUCGGUCACCAAGUUCUCCUUAUGCAAUGCCCUCCAGCAAGUGCAGAAAGAAGACCGCGAAGGCAAUCUCAAGGUCCACCAGCAGCAACCUCCUGCGAUGAAUAUGUUGAUGAUGAAGAGGAGAAUGCCCGUCAUGGGAGGAGGAUUGACUCCCAGUCGUCAACUGUGGCAACACCUCUACGCUAAAAUUGAUGAGCGACCCAUGAAACGGACGGCUCUUGCCCUGGGAACACCCAUGCCAUCUUUGACACCAGUGGAGCUUCCUGCAGCCAAGCGUCGCCGUGGCAGUGCCGCUUAGAUUUGCUUGGGUGUCUUGUCUUGGUUAAUUGUGACGACACCAUGUCGCUUAUCUAUUUUGUAAUUCUAACUUCCUCUAGCACUUUUAUUGCCUACACC